GUAAGGAGUUGAAUUUGCUGUGCCGAAGCAUCGAGCACAACACAGUGGCGUUUUGAUUCCGUCGUCGGGGAUAUAAAAGGAUCGAAAGCGCACAAGGUUUUGGGGGAGAAGUAGCCGCGAGUAAGAGGGGAGGAGACGCGAGCUAGCUAAGAGAUCCUUGUUUUCUGGCGUGUCAAGCACGUAGUAUUGAUCGCCCUCCUCUUACUCUGCUCGAUCGGCUUGAAAUCCCUCGAAAGUCUUAUUGCUCUGGCACAAGCAGAGCGCGCAGGAGUGUUUGUAGGAUUGGAUCGAGCUCGAUGGCCAGGCGAGGGGCAAUGCAAGCGAGCUUGGCCUUUUAUUUCUUGUGGUUGGCAAUCGGAGCUCAAUUCUCCGGGGCAACGCCGCCAAGAACAAAGUUCUACGAAUUCAAUAUUACCGAGAAGAAAAUCACGAGGCUCUGCAGCACAAAGUCAAUCAUCGUGGUGAACAAUCAAUUCCCAGGACCGCAAAUCGAUGUCGAGGAGGGCGAUAGCCUGGAAAUCAGAGUAAACAACUUCAUCAAUCACAACAUCACAUUGCACUGGCAUGGUAUCUUCCAGAAUCGAACAGGCUGGUUUGAUGGCCCGGCUUACAUCACCCAGUGCCCGAUCCAGCGCCAGAGAUCCUUCGUGUACAAAUUCGAUGUCGUCCGGCAGCGAGGAACGCUGUGGUGGCACGCGCACAUCACUUUCUUGAGAGCCACCGUGUAUGGAGCUCUCAUCGUUCAUCCAAAGGAGAGCCUUCCAUUCUUGCGACCAGGCGAGCCGAAACCAAAAGAGCUUGUCGUCAUGCUUGGCGAGUGGUGGAAAUCGGACGUUCUCGACGUGAUCGGACAAGCCAUGCUAACUGGCGCUGGGACGAAUCUCUCGGACGCAUUCACCAUCAAUGGAUUGCCCGGGCCGCUGUAUGGCAAGUGCUCGCAACAAGACACGCAAGUCUUCAAUCUCCAGCCCGGGACGCGAUACCUCCUCCGCCUCAUCAGCGCGGCCAUGAACACGGAGCUCUUCUUCGGCAUAGCCAACCACACCCUCACCAUCGUGGAGGCCGACGCGCAGUACGUGAAGCCCUUCACCACUCCCUCGCUGGUCAUCUCCCCAGGCCAGGCCAUCACCGCCCUCUUCACCACAGACCGCGAUCCAUCCCUCACGUACUCCAUGGCGGCGCACGCCUUCGCCUCCGCGCCGCCAUUCAUCCCCUUCCAGAACACCACCACCGCCGCCAUCCUCUCCUACGCUUCCCCCCCGCGCAAAUCCUUCCCGCGCUUCCUCCUCCCAUCGCUCCCGCCCUCCACCGCUGGAUCCGCCUUCUCGGACGCCUUCGCGGCGAAGCUCCGCAGCCCAGAUCGCGUCCGCCGCGAGUUUCCCCUCCCGGCAUCGCCCGUCGCGGAGAAGUUCUUCAUCACGGUGGGUCUCAACGUCCAGAGGUGCCCGCCAACCAUGAACCCUAACAUCUCGUGCCUCCUGCCGGUCCCCGGCGGCGGGCGAUUCGGCGCCUCCAUGAACAACGUCAGCUUCAUCGGAUCCUCCUCGGCGUUUCUCAAGCAGCACUUCGAUUUCAUCCACAGCGGACAGGAUCCCAGCGGAUAUACCACCGAUUUCCCGCGGUUCCCGCGUCCGUACAACUUCACCGCGAGCCCCGCCAUCGCCAACCAGAACGCGCCCGAGGGGACCAAGGCGAGGAUCAUUCCGUACGGCGCCACCGUGGAGGUGGUGCUCCAGGGGACGACGCUCCUGGCGCCCGAGAACCAUCCCAUUCACUUGCAUGGCUUUGAUUUCUACGUGCUGGCCACCGGGAGGGGGAAUUUCAAUCGGACCCGCGACUCGCCAGCGUUCAACCUGGUGGAUCCGCCGCUGAGGAACACCAUCUCGGUGCCGGCGGCCGGCUGGGCAGUGAUCAGAUUCGUCGCGAACAACCCAGGGACUUGGGCGUUUCAUUGUCACUUGGAUUUGCAUUCUUUGACGGGGCUCGAUACCGUGUUUAUUGUGGAGGACGGUGCCGAGGAGUGGCAGCGCUUGGAGCCACCGCCCAAGGAUCUGCCGCCUUGCUGAUUGCUCGCUUGUUUGUACAAAGACCACAACCAGCCCUGGAGAGGUUAGCGGCCGAUCGAUCGAUUGAUUGUUUGAUAGAGUCAUACACCACUGUCCCCACAAACGUGGGGGGUUAUAGUCGAAAAAGCCCAAGAACAGGGACAAAGGGAAGAUUUAAAAAGAAUUGGAGUUUUGUUUUGGAAUCUCAAGUGGGUUCUCGAAUAAUAAAGUGGGUGUUUUUGUAAAUCGAUUCUAGA